AAUAUGGCUCUACACAUUGCUCUUCCUUUGUUAACAAUUAUUUGUUUCAUACCAGGUUUUUGUUUCACAGCUGCAUCGAGAGUAUCAAUCAGUAAAACUAAUAGUUUCUCAACUGAUCUCAUUCAACGCGAUUCUCCAUUCUCCCACACUACAAUUCCUUCCACCACUCAUUAUGACCGCCUUCACAACGCUUUCCGCCGCUCUUUCUCCCGCCUCAGCCACUACCAAUCAACCUUAGUGACACAAAAAUCAGCUAUCCAAUCAAGAAUCAUUCCCAGCGAAGGCGAGUACCUCAUGAACAUUUCCAUCGGAACCCCACCAAUCCAACUCAUCGGCAUAGCUGACACUGGCAGCGAUCUAAUAUGGACUCAGUGCAAGCCAUGCACCGAGUGCUUCAAGCAGACCCCAACCCUUUUCGACCCAGCCAAGUCCACCACCUACCACGACGUUCCAUGCUCCGCCAAACCCUGCGCCGAGCUCUACCAAGCUACUUGUGGUUCGCACCACGACACGUGCAUGUACAGCUACUCAUACGGAGACCGUUCCUACACGAAGGGCGAUCUCGCUUCCGAGACCUUUACCGUUGGCUCUACUUCAAUCCCCAAAAUCGUUUUCGGCUGUGGCCACGACAAUGGUGGUACGUUCGAUGAGUCUGGUUCUGGCUUGAUUGGUCUCGGAGGUGGGUCUCUUUCGUUAGUCACUCAAUUGGGCAAGACCAUCGGUGGUAAGUUCUCCUACUGUUUAGUUCCUUUGUCAGCUGAAUCUUACGUCACAAGCAAGAUCAGUUUCGGCAGUGCGGCGGUUGUAUCUGGUAACGGUGUGGUUUCCACGUCUUUAGUCUCAAACAAAGACCCUAAAACUUACUAUUACCUCACUUUAGAAGCCAUUAGCGUUGGAAAACAGAGGUUGGUAUAUGAUACUAACCAUUACAAUAUGACGUCAUCGUCCAAGGCUGGGGUAGCGGAUAACGAGGGGAACAUCAUAAUCGAUUCCGGGACGACUCUGACGUUUCUCCCGGCUGGGUUCUACGAUGAUUUGGUGCAGGUUCUAGAAAAAUCCAUUGAAGCCGAGAAGGUGAGUGAUCCGAAAGGAGUGUUGAGUCUGUGUUUUAGAUCGGAGAGUAGUAUUAGUGUUCCUGCUAUCACAGCUCACUUUACAGGAGCCGACGUCGUUUUGAAUCCACUGAACACGUUUGCAAAGGUUGAGGAUGAUUUAUUCUGCUUCACUAUGGCGCCUUCUACGGAUUUUGCCAUAUUUGGAAACUUAGCUCAAAUGAACUUUUUGGUGGGCUAUGAUAUUGAUGGUGGAACGGUAUCGUUUAAGCCCACUGAUUGUAGCAGAUUGACUAUUUGACCUUUCAAAUAGACCCUAUAUAUAAAUAUAUAUUAUUAUUGAUUUGCUUGCAUGGCCUUUUCCAGUCUUUUUUCGCGUAUCGUUUUGAUUGAGAGAGUACUUGCGCGCUCUACUUUCUACUUUCAAUGAAAAUUAGCUUUUAUAAAUGUAAGUUAGUAGCGUGGAAUUACAAUAUCAGCAAGU